AUGGUCUCUACACGUUUCAUCACUGUUGCCGCUGUGGCGCUGAUGCUCGCCGGCUCAGCACCGCAGAACACGGGUGUCGCCCGUGCCGAUUGGAUCCAGGAUGCCACCUUGGGGGGACAGCGCGUGUUCCAGGCGGCUUUCGACACCUGGACCGAGAGCGAGUGAGUAGCAGCUAGCAAGCGGACGCGGUGAGCUGAUUGGCUGCGGGUCGACGACGUUGCUUCGAACGCGUGAACGACGGCUUGCCCGCCCGCAUCUGCCGUGAUUCGCAACCUUGUUUCAUGCCUAACGAAUGAUUGAUCGUCUCUCUACUGGCCCUCUCACUCUUCAGCCUCCGCUCUUACCUUCUCGAGCGCGGCGUGAUUGCGCCCGGCAACACGCGCGAACAGCUGGCUGUGCUCGCAAAGCAGGACUUGAGCUCCUUGGCUUCUUCCGCCUACUCUGCCACCGGCUCUGCAUCCUCCGCUGCAGCAGCUGGAGCGAGCAGCAUCUACAACCUGGCGUCUUCUUACCAGUCUGUGGUGAGUAAGAGUUCGAAGCACGCUUGCAAUGGAUCUCUUCGAUUUCUCUGUUUCUGAUCCAUCCAUCUGUUCGUCGGGUCAGGCUUCUGCUAGCGCCUCGAGCGCAUCGAAAGAAGCUUCGUCGGCUGCUUCGCGUAUGAGCAAGAAUGCUCCUACCGACGCGAGCUCUCUUUCAUACGAGAUCUCCAGCGCAGCUAGCGGUGUCAGCAAGAGCGCAUCCAGCUUGCUAGCUCAAGCAAGCCAAGGUGCUGAGGAUGGCGUGCACAACGGUGCUCAGUAUAUCUACGACUCGUGGGAUGACUCUCAGAUCAGGGUGAGUUGACGAGGCAAAGAGUCUCAUGAAAAGUCGGUUUGAGGUGCUCGGACUCGUCGCUGAUCAACUUGCUUCUGCAUUCUACUUGCCUCGCAGAGCUUCCUCGUCGAGAAGGGCGUUCUCAAGAGUCAUGCUGAGCUGCGUCGUGACGAAUUGAUCCAGACUAUCAAGGAUGGAUACCUCGCCACCACCCAAGCGCCUUACGAGCUUUUCUCGACGGACUACCUCAAGCGAUGGGCCCAGAACCAAGGGCUGAUCCGUACGCCAGCUGAGCAGACUCGCGAUGAGCUCGUAUCGCUCGCCAAGGACUUCUACUACUCUCCCACCGAGACCAUCUUUGACUCUUGGAAGGACUCUGAUCUCCGCCAGUACCUCAUUGACAACAAUGUGAUCAAGUCGGACUACGAAGCUCGUCGGGAUGAGCUGGUUGGCAAGGUUAGAGACUCUUACACCGCCACUCAAGAUAGCCUGACAGGUCUUUGGAGCGACUCGGACUUGAGAUCCUUCCUCAUCUCUCAAGGGGUGAUCAAGUCUGACUACGAGGCAAAGCGCGAUGAGUUGUUGGCUCUUGCGACGGACAACAAAGCUUUCAACGAUCUGGUGGACACUUCGCGCGAGUACUACACCUGGUCGGACAAGCGCAUCAGGGGCUACUUGCGUUCCACUGGACUCUCCACGGAAAAGACGCCAGUCACUCGAGAGGGGCUGAUGAGAGAGUUGAGAGCUAGAUACCAUGCGGCUCACAAGGGCGUCUUUGGAGCGCUUAAGGAAGCAGCUAGAAACAUCUUUGGUGGUGUUCAGGAUGUUCAUGGAAAAGCCGAACAGAAUGCAAAGGUGGCUAGCGUGAGCGUGUCGAGCGCUGCGAGUGCAGCAUCGGCUGCUGCUAGCAGCGCAAGCGCUCAUGCUCGUGACGAGCUGUAA